CCUGCAGGAGAAUGUGUGAAUGCAUUGAAAUUUCAAAAGCGAUGAUAUUCUCGAAAUGGCCAAAAAUGGAGAUGAACAUAUUAGAAUUAGCUUCAUCCGAGGAUGAGCAGGAGAGCAGGAGUAUUGCCAUUCUUAGUUGUUGGAUUUAAUUAUCAUUCUCAUCAUUUUCGACGUCAGAGAACAUUGGAAAUUUGUCCCCUUUGCACCAUUUGAUUUGGAUUUUCCGACCAUCUUCUACAACGAACUUCUGUAAGUGCUAGUUCUUUGAAUACAACUACGCUUUUUCAGCAGGAGGUCCUUUCUUCAAUUUAAACACGUACAAGAACACCACGUGGCUGUAGCUACCCCUGUCUUGUUCAACAACUUCAAACUCCUACUUAGAAGAUAGAUCAACAUUUACCCCCGCCUUAUCUUACACCGAGGAACCAAAGAAAAGCAUCAAAAUGUCGAAGACUAACAAAGUCGUUCGUUGUGCCGUUCUCAUCGGCACUGCUGCUGCGAUGUUGCUCACGACCAGAAAGGCUGGAUCGUUACCAGGCAGUUCUUCAGGUGCUGGUGCUACCACUGAUCAUGCUUCGCCUGGUUCAAGAUCCUUACCCGCCGACGUGCGUUCGCCUUCUGAUGGUCCUCCAUCUGUCGGCCCUCCGAGCUUGACGUCGCCGGGAAAAAGGGAGACCUCCACUACGAGAGCAGGACGUUCCUUGGCAAGUGCGCUCGAUUUCUCGAGGAGUUCCGACCCCGUCGCAGCAGCAAGUGGAAGAUCAGGAUCACGACCGUCAAGACCUCCUCGUCUGCCUUCUCUGGGAACCAGCAGUCCCUAUGCACCUACGACAUUACCAUUUGCACCAUCGGAAGAUCGUCGUGAAGAUCUUCCAGGUGGUAUUGACGCAGCUAGUCUUGCUCCUCCUGUUGCGAAAACUUUGCCCGCCGGUAGACUGCCUUCCACAGCGGCUCGUUCUGGUGGUGAGACCGGGAGCGUGAUUUCACCAAUCGGCACUGCGGCGACUGCUCCAAUCGGCACUGCGGCGACUGCUCCAAUCGGCACUGCGGCGACUUCUCCUCUCACGAGUGCGCGUUCUGCUGGUUCUGCAUCUUCUUCGGGAGCGGCCUCCCGACUUUCGCGUCGCUCCUCGGGCCACUUGUCUGUUUCGGCUGCAGGGGGAAGCGUGGACGCAGCAGCAGGAGGAUAUCCCUCUCCCCGCGAGGACGGCCUGCCUCCAGUUGGUACAACGAGUCGUGCUACUGGAACUUCCAAGUCUGGAAGCCGUUUGGCUGCCGCGAUGGAUUUCAGCGAGAACGAGAUCAAAGAGCAGAUGGUCUUGGCAAUCGGCGAUGCGGUUGCAGAAGUCAACAAAGACGAAGAUCAUACAGAAGAACAAAAGGCAGUGGCAGAGAAAUUGACGCAGAAAGACGAAGAGAAGUUGAGAGAAUCUGUACUCGAUGCCCUCACUCUUCGUUUGUCAAAGCCAGGAGAAGGUCUUCAAGGUCUCUCUUUACACGACAUCAAUGAUCUCUUCGACAAAUCACAGCAAAUCCGGAAUAUCGCAUAUGGCGGCACGACCAGUGCUUCCGCUGAGGACCUAGAGGACCCUGUCGCCCGCUUGGGGAUGGUUACCAAGGUGUACGUGGGUGAUGUAUGGAACUCAGCUACGUCGCCGGUGGGCACAAGAACUGUUGUAGAUGCUUCUUCUACUUCUGCUGCGAGCGCAUCUCGUGGAGAACGUCAGGAAAAAGUUCUUGAAGCGUUGAAGGAGUUGUCGAAGGACGUUCGAGGCUACUUUCAGAAGUGGAAGACUGGCGUGAAUUACUUGGGCAGCGCUGCUUUCAGGGAGCUACAAGAUGCGGCUCUUCUUCACGGAGAAGCCGGCGACAGCGAGGGAAUUCUGAAGCUCAUCAAAGAGAGAAUCAAAACCUCCAGAGGCGACGAGAACACACGCUCGAUCUUCAAAGAAAUACGCGAUGCCCCGGAUGCAUGGUCCCUUCUAACUCAAAUUUUCGGAUUUCCAACCAUGUGGUAUCUUUCUCGCCUGUUUUUUCCGCAAAUCGGAAGUCGCAUUGCGAAUGGGUGGUACUCGGAGCGACAAGCGAUUGCUAACAUUGUUCCUCCUGCUGGUGCAGUGGAGGCUCGACGCAGUACUUCUAGGAGUGGCACUUCUAGAAGCAGUAGAAGUAGUAGUACUUCUGGUGGAAGUAAAAGUGGUAGUAGGCAAGAUAAACCUCGACGAGCACCACAGCUGACUCCGCCACUGCAUCUUUUUCGUUGGGGCGAAAGACAAUUGGAUGCCCAACUUACAGCAUGGACAACCAUUAUUUCGAGCAACAAGCUUUUGCCUUCUGGUGGAGGAGAAGCUGAGGAUCAUGCUUACAAGAACACAGUCGGAGAAGCUUUGAAAACCGUGACGGAACCGAUGCGACUCGUCGGCUCAGCUGCGUUCAUUAAGGCAGAGGUUUUAGGACCUGAUAUACGGGUAGUGACGCAUCCCCUGGAUCCACGUACCGGAUGGCACGUCUUGUUGCCGGACGUUUCACAGAAGCGGGUGAGGCACUCAAGUGGAACGCACUCACACGGUCAGAUCGCAAUAGGCGAGCGGAUAUGGAGGAAGAGUGAGGUAGCAACUAUGUUAACCAAGGAAUAUGUCACUGAUCCAACGAUGCAACCGAGGAUGACAACACGCGACCGCGAACACGAUAUGUAUGGGGCAUAUGCGCUUUUCGAGAAUCCGGCAGAAUUCCAGCGACACACAUUAAGAGUCGUGGCUACUAUUAAUAUUGAUUUUGAUAGAUACUCUCAAUACUCUACGAGUACCUAUUCUGCAACUUAGUAAUUGCUGUGAUUUAUUGAUACUGAUAGAUCAAGAUCAUACUCAAACUUCAUUAUCAUUAUUGUCAAUUAUCUGCUCAUUCUUGUUGAUAUAUCCUGCUUGUUAUUCUUCAUGGACCACACAUGAUAGAUAGGCCGCGAGAAUGAAGAGAUGCUCGUUUUCAUUCAGAUUCAUCUGCAUCUCAUUAAUUGCUUCUUGUUCUUGGACUCUCUCUCUGUCGAUCAGAUCAUUUUUGAGCUUGAAUGGAAUAGGUACAAGGACGCCCUUGUGAAGAAAAUCAUUGCACCGAGCCUUGAUCAUGUAAUAUUUUUGUGAGCAGCUCUAAAACACUUUGUCUUUGGCAGUUCCCAAAAUGCCGAUCAACAAGGAAAGGUGAACCAAGAGGCCCUCAAAGAGGCCGAAAGGCGGUUGAAUGUUGCUCGAGAAAAGGUCAACCAAAUUACCGUUGAGCACGAGAAACUGAGGCUGUUCUCACCUCGCCGCCGGUUGAGUAAAGAAGAGCUGAUGAAGCAGAAAGAGGAGCUUUCGGGGCCGAGUGAAGAGCUGAAAGUGGCAGAGGAAGCAUACGCAAAUGCACUAACUGCUGGCGCGAGGUCUGGGAUUCAGGUGCCACAUGGGCUGAAUAUCGUGCGCGUUGACCCGAUUGAAAACGUGGCCCUGUUGCAACAGUUAUGGUGACAUCGUUCGCGUUUUUGCGUACUCAAACUCACCAUACGACCCAUAGUCAUGCCCAUUUUUGAUGGCAUGAAAGUCAACUCAACCACGUAGAUGACAAGUUUUAAUUUUAGAAGGGCUAGGCUGCCUAAGUAAAUUCUUGUCCUUCUUGAUGUUCUUGAGCACUGUCUUGAAGAGUACGUGUUUACAACAACUACUUCCUUUCAUAGCAUAACUUGGUCUGUGUUGAGUACGUGUUUACAACAACUACUUCCUUUCAUAGCAUUACUUGGUCGAGCGGGAAAGGAUGCGAGAAAAGUAUGGUUAUGUUAAGGAUUCCGAAGAAUGGAAAACGGACAAACUGCGACAGGCCAUUUCUCCGACAAAAGCGGAAGAAGCGACGCUGCGGAUGGAACGCGACAGUGAGGAACACGAAAAAAGCUCGAAGAGUGAAACCUACGCAAAAUUAUGGUCAACAUUUGGUGUCCAUCAUUUUCGGCAUCUUGGUCCCCUUUUCCCUUGUAUUCUCGUGAAAUACAAGGUAAAAGGCGUCAAGAUGAGAGGGCCGAGAUGCAAUCUAGUAGCAGACUCUAACAAAAGAGCGGAAAGACAAAGUACUCGGGGAACGCCAACCGGGGGCUUCUAUCAACAUAGCCUACGGAGACUUGGUUCAAACUAGGUUCCUCACGGAAAGGAAGGAGGAGAACAACUACCAAGGAUUCCUGGACAGCUUCGCAUCCUUACUUGGGGAGCCUUUAGGAGACGAUGAAGCGCUUCUCUUCCACGGCGUAUCUCCAGAACUCGCUGAGGUCAUAGCGAAAUCAGGAUUUGCCGUAAUCUUUAACUUUACAUGAUUAUUAUAUUUGAAUAUUACAAGGACAGGACACUUUUCAACAUUCGCCGAAAGGGCUGGAGUCGAAUGGGAAUUAUGUUUUCAUUGAAUUGAAUAUAUUUGAACUAAGUACUUGUUCGUCCUUGUUCUACUACUACUUACUCACUUUAGAUGAAUUUGACUUUCAUGAUCCACGUGUACCAACCUCCAUCUUCUUCAGAUUCCCUCUAUCGCGGCAACGGGCAGCAUGUUAGGCAAAGGAAUCUACUUUGGAGACAGUCUCUACAAAGCUGACGAAUACUCCAAGGCAUUGGACCAAACUGCCGCGACUGAAUACGUCAUCGAUGUCGAUUUAAACUUGCUUGGUCGAGAGUCGGAUACUUACUUGCCGCAAGUGAUCCCUACUGUGAAAAGCGAUGUUGAAACGCUCAGAAAGUAUUACCUGUUGCAACGCUUUGCCGUACCAGAACGUGAGACACUUCGACACGAGUAUUAUGGUUAGCUUUUAUCCAUCUUGUUCCACAGCAACAUCUUGGUCAACACAUUUUGAAUUUGAAGGGGAAAAGGGACGAACCAAGAUGCUGUUGACCGAGAUCAUGGACUUAAGGAGCACCAAGGUCUAAGAGUACGCAAAGGCAAAAGAAAAAGCCCCCGGGGGACGUUUAUUUGUACCUGCGAAAGCGCUGCCGCUCUAUGGUGUGGGGAACAAAUUCGAGCUUCAGAAAGGAAAAUAUGUUCCGCUGCUGACUGAGUUAUGUUGACAUGAUGUUAACAUGUAGAUGUAAUUUUUUUCGUUGCUCAAGGUUGAAAAAAUGCUCAAGGUAAAUAGAAUUAGAAAUAGUAAGUACUUGUACUUACAGUUAAGUACACAACUUGUGUAGAUGAUAAUAGUACUUGUAGACUUACAGUUACACAACUUGUGUAGAUGAAUUAUCUAGUCUAUACAGAUGAAUGGUUCCGGUACUAUUUGGUAUAGCCUGAACAAUUUGAUCGCAAGGGUUCUCUUCUUGUUUUCCCUUAUGAUCGAGCUCAGGUUUCCAAAUACCGGAACCACUCAACAGAUACAACUACAAGCACAACCUGAAUCCUUUUUGAUUUGCUCGUCUUCUAUUGAAGACUGAUAAUUUAUAUCUGUUUGCAGGGUGUAAGUAUCUAGAUCUACCAAACAGCCAUCACUUGAAGAACUUGAACGAAUUGACUUGAUAACAUUAUUUUUGAUGCCUCGUUUUUUUGAAUUAUGUUGUUCUUCUAAUGCCAGCAGAUUAUGCGCGUUCUCUUGUCGUGAAGAUGCAACCGUCGCUACUGCGGUACCCGACAACUGUUGAAUCAAAGGCAAACCUAAUUUUCCCGUUGCCAAAGAGACCACCUGCUGCGUCUGAGGUACAAACAGUUACGAAUACCAAGGAAGCUUUGGUCGCCGUAAUUGACGCACUCCGAAGAGGCGAACAAAAGCCGGAGAAACUACAAGUGAAAGAUCCGACGACACGCAUUUUUAGGAAAUUACCGCAUGAGCCUCACGCUGUCCGUUCUGCCAUGAAGAAGCUGGACGAUUUCGUGGAAACAAAACCAGAUUCUAAGUACUUCUACCUUAUCAUUUUUCAUUCUUUUUAUUCAUCAGUACCUACGCACUAACACUACCUCAUGAUCUUUCACAUCCACCCUAUCGUCCCUAUGUAUCGAUCUCUUUUUUUAACACUCCUCUAAGUACUUACACCUAUAUGAUCAAUCAGGACUUCUACGUCGAAAAAAUACACGUAUACUGUUCGUCCUAGUGGGUCGCCGAUGAGUAAACUAGUACCUGGUAUGGAAGAAUCUGGCUUGUCGGAUUUUGAUGAGGAGGAGAGGUUAAAAGAUUGGAUUGAUGCCACAACUAAGUCGUCUUCAAAAAGUUCGGAUUCGCCUUUCGCCAACGCGCAUCCAUUCGAGAAGGAAUACGCGAAGUGGCUACUCGAAAACGCGAACAAGGUGGGCGAUGAAAGAGUCUUCUGUGUCAUUCUGACGCGAGUUUAUUUGGGCAACGAAAAGACUACGCAGGUACAACUUGUCCUGCUAUAAGUACACAGGAGAGACCACAGAUUUUACCUAUGAUCUUUCCUACGAACUACACUCAAGUGAAGAUUUCUGGUACUCCAUCUCCAUCUUCGCCUAAUAAAGAUUUCUGGUCUCCAUGUUAUUCCCUCCAUCUUCAACUCUCGUCUCCACGACAUGAAACAUGAGGUAAUCCGCAGUCCUCUGAAGCAAUUGAUGAACACACUCUCACUCAUGCAUACAUGAAACAGGUAAUCCGCAGUCUGAGCCAAUUGCGCAAGGACGCUCGCACAAGUACAACUCGUGAUCCGAUGAACGUGUACUCGAUACGACAGUUGGAAGGGUAUGAUCUUUUCCAUGAGGUCUUGAUCACAAAUCCCAAACUGGCUCUCCCCGUUGCCAAAAUUUGUUACACUCGUGACAAUGAGGGGAUUACGAAGAUUGGAUUUGCUUUGUAGAAGAAUCCUAAGCGUCGAGAGGAUAUAUGGAGGUAAAGUAGACUCUACAUACAGAGAGACAAUCUAGUUGUUAUAAGGAUAAGGGGAUUAAUAAUAAUACGUAGACUCUACAUUUAGAGAGAGACAAUCUAGUAAGGAUAUUAAGGGGAUUAAUACGGAGUAGAUUGGAUUUGCUUUGUAGAAGAGUGGUAACCAAUUAAAAUUAUGGUACUAGGAAUUAGUGUAUGGUGGAAAAGGAAAUGGAGCUGGAGGAGGGUUGGGGUUCUUUCGCGUUCUUCUAGAAGUUCUUCUAUCAAUCAUGCACGACCAAUUAUAUUGUGAUAAUUGUUCAUUUGAUGUAGUCUAUGUCAAAGCUUAAGCACUAUUGAAUAUGCAAAUCAUGACGAUGACGGUAUAUAAUUUUUCAAUUAUUCACUGACAUAAACAUAACCAUGCAUAAGUAUUUCGAAGAUACAAAAACGCUGUUGUGCUAGUACUAGUUCGUAUUUAGGGAAUUACAAUUCAUACUCUUCAUAGUGCACCAGUUCUACUAAAAUAUCACAGUCACAUAGUUACGACAUAGGAACACGAACAAAGAACAAGUGCAUUUUCUAGAUUUAUGACAAAAAUGACAUAGAAGAUUAAGAUACUCAAACGAGGGAAAUAUGGGAGGGAAACUAUCGCGAUGAAUUAGAUUUAGAUGCAUUCAGGUUUUUGAAGCUGAAAAAUGAAAAUGGAUUGAAUGAAAUUUCUGGGUGCUGUGUAUGAACUAUGUAUAUCUGAAGACUUGCUAUGCUUUUUCUCGUGGUGAAA